UAUUGUAAUUAAUUACACGCUGCGACCAAUCAAUCACUUUCGGUGGAUAUAAAAACCAAACUACCCUGUCAAAAAAUUAAAUUGAACAAUAAUAUCAUUCCCAACAAACCACCACCAAUCCCUUGCGAAUGUGUACAACUAACUAACGUCACUGUCGACGCGCGAAUUGUCUGCUCCAAAAAUAAAUCAAACACUCACCACAACCCUUUCCACCAAUUCUGUCAAACAAAUGAACACACCAUGGUUUAACGAAAAAAAACCCGAAUCGAUCUCCCGGGAAACACUGCUACUGCUCUUCACAGACGAUGCACACUCCGUGGUACCGGACGAUGCCUCAACGACCGAUCUGGAGGCCUUCCGCGAGUAUCACUGGUUGGAUACUCCAGACUCGGCUACAGCCGCUGCCAACAUCACCGCUGCAGCAAUGCAAAGUCGUACGCCGAAGCUAGUGCGGGAACAGUUCGUGUCUCAUUCACGGGACGGUCAAAUUGUGCUAGCUUCCGUCGAAGACCUCGAUAAUCUGACCCCUACGCCAUCCGACGUAGAUAACAAUGACCGAAAACCUCCAGCCGAAGGUGACGAACCGAACGUUCAACAGACGACUACCAAACCGAAGAAAGACUUUAACCUUGACCUGGACAUGGACGCGAACAUGCCUAAAAAGACCGAACGCAGAGCACGCUUUGAGACGCACUCGAACCAAGGAACAUCGCCAAUGACCGACAUUGUCGAAUCACCGGACAGUGUACACCGUUACGGGGGGCGUGGUGAAACACCGGCUAUCAAACUGGUUAUCGGGCGUAAAGAAAUUAAAACUUCCGACACAUCGGCCAUUACCGAGAGUCGGCUCACAGUCUACGGACACAAAGAUGUUGAAAUAUCGAUCAGCUCUCAAUCUACCAUCAGCUUGACUACCACUACUACAUCGAAAGACGGGAGAGAAGUUUCCUCCGAAGUUAUUAGCACUAGCAACGGUGCUAAAGAAACCACUACAACCAAACGCUACAAACAAUUCAAACUUAUCGACGAUGACUCCGACACUGAACACACCGAACGGAAACGCGACGACAUGGUAUCGUUUUCGAAAAAGAAAAGCGUUUAUCUUUUCGGUAGCUUUGAUUCCAGCAGCGAAUCACCGGUUACGGAAGCUAGCGGCUCCGGCCACGUCACAGACACAGGUAUCUCACUGACCCGUGGUUUCACAGAAACCAUGACAUCACCGGGUAUCAUUUCAUCCUCGGAAGAAAAAAACAAAAAGAUAAGUAUAGUCACCGAUACAGCCGUCGAUGUAGAAAUCGAAGAACUUGAACUCACCGAUGCUGGUUUAAGUCCGAUUCAACCAGACGAAACCGAUGUUACUGCUGAUUUCCAGAUGGCAGAAGAAGAUGUCCAAUACAGCCACAUGGGUACCAGUCCCGUUGACUUCGAAGAGCAUUCAGUUUCAGCUGCUCUCGAUACAUCCGAAGCUGCCACUCUAACCGAUCGCAUAGAAACUAAAGAUGCUUCCAACAGCCCCGUGGAUGCUAACAUAACCUCCAUCCUAAAACGGGAUAUCAGCAAAAUCACGGACGAAGAGCUACUUACCGUGCGAAGAGGUUCCGGAGAUGUCAAAGCAAAAAUUAAAAUCCUGGAACAAAACCAAAAACUACAAAGCGCACACAGCUCCCCAAAGAAGAAGGUAGAAUUCGAAGACUACCAAAUUCGCAGUUCCGAACAGUAUGAAUCUCCCAAGAAACAAAAAUCGGCCUCCAUCAAAAUAACUGAACUCAAAAAAAUCUUCGGCGAAGAGCAGGAGGCACCGGAACUAAACGUGAUGUCCGAACCUAUUCCACCAAUCCAUGAGGUAAUUAGGCAGCUUGAAAAACGCAUAGCUGUCGAACAAAUCGACAAACGUGUUAUCGAUCAAAUUGAUGGCUCCGCAAUACGAACACUGCCACCGGCUGCCAAGAAAGAAACGCUCAGCGAAUCAGACAUAACCGAUCUUGAAGCUCAGAUAAUUUCAAAGGAGUACAUCACACCGAUCAAAGCUGCCCCUCUAGAUCAAACAGAGGAGGAAGUCAAAAUUACUGCACUUGUACACGGUGUUCAACAACUGGGGAUACGCGAACAAAGACAACAUCAACAGGAAGAAGAACGCUUGGAGGCAGGAGUCAGAUCGGAUCUGGAGGAACCAGUUUGCGAGAAAAUUAUCUGUAAAAAGACCGUUUACGAUUUACUAGACGAUACUGCGGACGAAAAUGAACCUAAGAAAACCAAUGAUUUGAUCAAAAUGUUUGAGAGUAGACAAUCUUUCGACGAAACUCCCCCUAGAAGCCCAAAAAUGGAAGCUAUCAAGACAGAAGAUUCCACAAAGGCAAUUUUAUCUGCUAUCGAAGUUGGUAAAACUAUUCACAGCCAUUCAAUCAUAACCAAAUCUGACGAAAUGAAACGAGAGAGACAAAUUAUAGAGAUGGAACAAACCGAAUCCGAAACCAGAUCCAUCGGAAAAAUUGUGAUCAAAGCAGAAAAGAAACUGAUUCAAGAGGACUCGUCCGCCAGCGACUCAGUAAUCGAACACGAACGCGAAUCCAAAAUAGUCUCAUAUGAGGAAAAGCUUCGCCAAGGAGAGAUUUCCAAACUUGAUCGAAAUUUACUGAAAAUGUUCGAUCACGAUAAAAUCGACAAAAAAUCGGUUCAAAAACAAUGGACAGAUAUGGAAACAACAACCCAACCGGGAAUCAGUACCGAAACCACGCAUAUCAGAAAGAAGAGAGAUGUAGUGCAGUUAUCGCCAGAAGAGGAAGCGAAACAAAAAUCAGUUGCCGAUAUAAAAGCUCAGUUUGACCGCCUAGCCAACAGGAAACAUGAACAAAUCAUACAGGUUAAAGAAUCCGAUGUAGCUACUGUGUUAGAAACAAAAUCGAAGACAAAAGAAGACAUAGUUGAUGAAGAAAAAAUUGACCUAAUAACUCAAACAAAGAAAUCAUCGAGAACCGUUGAAAUCACUGAUACCAAUUAUGACGAAGAUGUUACAGCUAUCGAAGAAGUUUCACAAUUAGCGGAAGUUCUAACUCAGGUUGAAAAACCCGUUUCACCAGUUGUUGAAGCUGAGAAGGCAGUUUCACCAAUCAAAGAAACUGAGGUAGUUGAAAAGGCCUCACCAGUCACUGAAGAAAAGGUUGACGAAACUGAAUCUGACGAACAGUUUGAAGCUGUCGAAGAAGUUUCACAAGUAAAGGAAGCUGUUACUCAGGUUGAGAAACCAGUUUCACCAGUUGUUGAAGCUGAGAAGACAGUUUCACCAAUCAAAGAAACUGAGGUAGUUGAAAAGGCUGCACCAGUCACUGAAGAAAAGGUUGACGAAACUAAAUCUGACGAACAGGUUGAAGCUGUCGAAGAAGUUUCACAAGUAGAGGAAGCUGUUACUCAGGUUGAGAAACCAGUUUCACCAGUUGUUGAAACUGAGAAGGCAGUUUCACCAAUCGAAGAAACUGAGGUAGUUGAAAAGGCCUCACCAGUCACUGAAGAAAAGAUUGACGAAACUGAAUCUGACGAACAGUUUGAAGCUGUCGAAGAAGUUUCACAAGUGAAGGAAGCUGUUACUCAGGUUGAGAAACCAGUUUCACCAGUUGUUGAAGCUGAGAAGGCAGUUUCACCAAUCAAAAAAACUGAAGUUGUUGAAAAGGCUUUACCAGUUACUGAAGGAAAGGUUGACGAAACUGAAUCUGACGAACAGGUUGAAGCUGUCGAAGAAGUUUCACAAGUAAAGGAAGCUGUUACUCAGAUUGAGAAACCAGUUUCACCAGUUGUUGAAGCUGAGAAGGCAGUUUCACCAAUCAAAGAAACUGAGGUAGUUGAAAAGGCUUCACCAGUUACUGAAGAAAAGGUUGACGAACAGGUAGCUGUCGAAGAAGUUUCACAAGUGAAGGAAGCUGUUACUCAGGUUGAGAAACCAGUUUCACCAGUUGUUGAAGCUGAGAAGGCUGCUUCACCAAUCAAAGAAACUGAGGUUGUUGAAAAGGCCUCACCAGUUACUGAAGAAAAGGUUGACGAAACUGAAUCUGACGAACAGGUUGAAGCUGUGGAAGAAGUUUCACAAGUGAAGGAAGCUGUUACUCAAGUUGAGAAACCAGUUUCACCAGUUGUUGAAGCUGAGAAGGCAGUUUCACCAAUCAAAGAAACUGAGGUAGUUGAAAAGGCCUCACCAGUCACUGAAGAAAAGGUUGACGAAACUGAAUCUGACGAACAGGUUGAAGCUGUCGAAGAAGUUUCACAAGUAAAGGAAGCUGUUACUCAGGUUGAGAAACCAGUUUCACCAGUUGUUGAAGCUGAGAAGGCAGUUUCACCAAUCAAAGAAACUGAGGUAGUUGAAAAGGCUUCACCAGUCACUGAAGAAAAGGUUGACAAAACUGAACCUGACGAACAGGUUGAAGCUGUCGAAGAAGUUUCACAAGUAAAGGAAGCUGUUACUCAGGUUGAGAAACCAGUUUCACCAGUUGUUGAAGCUGAGAAGGCAGUUUCACCAAUCAAAGAAACUGAAGUUGUUGAAAAGGCUUCACCAGUCACUGAAGAAAAGGUUGACGAAACUAAAUCUGACGAACAAGUUGAAGCUGUCGAAGAAGUUUCACAAGUAAAGGAAGCUGUUACUCAGGUUGAGAAACCAGUUUCACCAGUUGUUGAAGCUGAGAAGGCAGUUUCACCAAUCAAAGAAACUGAGGUUGUUGAAAAGGCUUCACCAGUCACUGAAGAAAAGGUUGACGAAACUAAAUCUGACGAACAGGUUGAAGCUGUCGAAGAAGUUUCACAAGUAGAGGAAGCUGUUACUCAGGUUGAGAAACCAGUUUCACCAGUUGUUGAAACUGAGAAGGCAGUUUCACCAAUCGAAGAAACUGAGGUAGUUGAAAAGGCCUCACCAGUCACUGAAGAAAAGAUUGACGAAACUGAAUCUGACGAACAGGUUGAAGCUGUCGAAGAAGUUUCACAAGUAAAGGAAGCUGUUACUCAGGUUGAGAAACCAGUUUCACCAGUUGUUGAAGCUGAGAAGGCAGUUUCACCAAUCAAAGAAACUGAGGUAGUUGGAAAGGCCUCACCAGUCACUGAAGAAAAGGUUGACGAAACUGAAUCUGAAGAACAGGUUGAAGUUGUCGAAGAAGUUUCACAAGUAAAGGAAGCUGUUACUCAGGUUGAGAAACCAGUUUCACCAGUUGUUGAAGCUGAGAAGGCAGUUUCACCAAUCAAAGAAACUCAGUUAGUUGAAAAGGCUUCACCAGUCACUGAAGAAAAGGUUGACGAAACUGAACCUGACGAACAGGUUGAAGCUGUCGAAGAAGUUUCACAAGUAAAGGAAGCUGUUACUCAGGUUGAGAAACCAGUUUCACCAGUUGUUGAAGCUGAGAAGGCAGUUUCACCAAUCAAAGAAACUGAGGUUGUUGAAAAGGCUUCACCAGUCACUGAAGAAAAGGUUGACGAAACUAAAUCUGACGAACAGGUUGAAGCUGUCGAAGAAGUUUCACAAGUAGAGGAAGCUGUUACUCAGGUUGAGAAACCAGUUUCACCAGUUGUUGAAACUGAGAAGGCAGUUUCACCAAUCGAAGAAACUGAGGUAGUUGAAAAGGCCUCACCAGUCACUGAAGAAAAGAUUGACGAAACUGAAUCUGACGAACAGUUUGAAGCUGUCGAAGAAGUUUCACAAGUGAAGGAAGCUGUUACUCAGGUUGAGAAACCAGUUUCACCAGUUGUUGAAGCUGAGAAGGCAGUUUCACCAAUCAAAAAAACUGAAGUUGUUGAAAAGGCUUUACCAGUUACUGAAGGAAAGGUUGACGAAACUGAAUCUGACGAACAGGUUGAAGCUGUCGAAGAAGUUUCACAAGUAAAGGAAGCUCUUACUCAGGUUGAGAAACCAGUUUCACCAGUUGUUGAAGCUGAGAAGGCAGUUUCACCAAUCAAAGAAACUGAGGUAGUUGAAAAGGCUUCACCAGUCACUGAAGAAAAGGUUGAUGAACAGGUAGCUGUCGAAGAAGUUUCACAAGUGAAGGAAGCUGUUACUCAGGUUGAGAAACCAGUUUCACCAGUUGUUGAAGCUGAGAAGGCUGUUUCACCAAUCAAAGAAACUGAGGUUGUUGAAAAGGCCUCACCAGUUACUGAAGAAAAGGUUGACGAAACUGAAUCUGACGAACAGGUUGAAGCUGUCGAAGAAGUUUCACAAGUGAAGGAAGCUGUUACUCAAGUUGAGAAACCAGUUUCACCAGUUGUUGAAGCUGAGAAGGCAGUUUCACCAAUCAAAGAAACUGAGGUAGUUGAAAAGGCCUCACCAGUCACUGAAGAAAAGGUUGACGAAACUGAAUCUGACGAACAGGUUGAAGCUGUCGAAGAAGUUUCACAAGUAAAGGAAGCUGUUACUCAGGUUGAGAAACCAGUUUCACCAGUUGUUGAAGCUGAGAAGGCAGUUUCACCAAUCAAAGAAACUGAGGUAGUUGAAAAGGCUUCACCAGUCACUGAAGAAAAGGUUGACGAAACUGAACCUGACGAACAGGCUGAAGCUGUCGAAGAAGUUUCACAAGUAGAGGAAGCUGUUACUCAGGUUGAGAAACCAGUUUCACCAGUUGUUGAAACUGAGAAGGCAGUUACACCAAUCGAAGAAACUGAGGUAUUUGAAAAGGCCUCACCAGUCACUGAAGAAAAGAUUGACGAAACUGAAUCUGACGAACAGUUUGAAGCUGUCGAAGAAGUUUCACAAGUGAAGGAAGCUGUUACUCAGGUUGAGAAACCAGUUUCACUAGUUGUUGAAGCUGAGAAGGCAGUUUCACCAAUCAAAAAAACUGAAGUUGUUGAAAAGGCUUUACCAGUUACUGAAGGAAAGGUUGACGAAACUGAAUCUGACGAACAGGUUGAAGCUGUCGAAGAAGUUUCACAAGUAAAGGAAGCUGUUACUCAGAUUGAGAAACCAGUUUCACCAGUUGUUGAAGCUGAGAAGGCAGUUUCACCAAUCAAAGAAACUGAGGUAGUUGAAAAGGCUUCACCAGUCACUGAAGAAAAGGUUGACGAACAGGUAGCUGUCGAAGAAGUUUCACAAGUGAAGGAAGCUGUUACUCAGGUUGAGAAACCAGUUUCACCAGUUGUUGAAACUGAGAAGGCUGUUUCACCAAUCAAAGAAACUGAGGUAGUUGAAAAGGCCUCACCAGUCACUGAAGAAAAGGUUGACGAAACUGAAUCUGACGAACAGGUUGAAGCUGUCGAAGAAGUUUCACAAGUAAAGGAAGCUGUUACUCAGGUUGAGAAACCAGUUUCACCAGUUGUUGAAGCUGAGAAGGCUGUUUCACCAAUCAAAGAAACUGAGGUUGUUGAAAAGGCCUCACCAGUUACUGAAGAAAAGGUUGACGAAGCUGAAUCUGACGAACAGGUUGAAGCUGUCGAAGAAGUUUCACAAGUGAAGGAAGCUGUUACUCAGGUUGAGAAACCAGUUUCACCAGUUGUUGAAACUGAGAAGGCAGUUUCACCAAUCGAAGAAACUGAGGUUGUUGAAAAGGCUUCACCAGUCACUGAAGAAAAGAUUGACGAAACUGAAUCUGACGAACAGGUUGAAGCUGUCGAAGAAGUUUCACAAGUGAAGGAAGCUGUUACCCAAGUUGAGAAACCAAUUCCACCAGUUGUUGAAGCUGAGAAGGCAGUUUCACCAAUCAAAGAAACUGAGGUAGUUGAAAAGGCCUCACCAGUCACUGAAGAAAAGGUUGACGAAACUGAAUCUGACGAACAGGUUGAAGCUGUCGAAGAAGUUUCACAAGUAAAGGAAGCUGUUACUCAGGUUGAGAAACCAGUUUCACCAGUUGUUGAAGCUGAGAAGGCUGUUUCACCAAUCAAAGAAACUGAGGUUGUUGAAAAGGCCUCACCAGUUACUGAAGAAAAGGUUGACGAAACUGAAUCUGACGAACAGGUUGGAGCUGUCGAAGAAGUUUCACAAGUAAAGGAAGCAGUUACUCAGGUUGAGAAACCAGUUUCACCAGUUGUUGAAGCUGAGAAGGCUGUUUCACCAAUCAAAGAAACUGAGGUAGUUGAAAAGCCUGCACCAGUCACUGAAGAAAAGGUUGACGAAACUGAAUCUGACGAACAGGUUGAAGCUGUCGAAGAAAGUUCACAAGUAAAGGAAGCUGUUACGCAGGUUGAGAAACCAGUUUCACCAGUUGUUGAAGCUGAGAAGGCAGUUUCACCAAUCAAAGAAACUGAGGUAGUUGAAAAGCCUGCACCAGUCACUGAAGAAAAGGUUGACGAAACUGAAUCUGACGAACAGGUUGAAGCUGUCGAAGAAGUUUCACAAGUAAAGGAAGCUGUUACACAGGUUGAGAAACCAGUUUCACCAGUUGUUGAAGCUGAGAAGGCAGUUUCACCAAUCAAAGAAACUGAGGUAGUUGAAAAGCCUGCACCAGUCACUGAAGAAAAGGUUGACGAAACUGAAUCUGACGAACAGGUUGAAGCUGUCGAAGAAGUUUCACAAGUAAAGGAAGCUGUUACUCAGGUUGAGAAACCAGUUUCACCAGUUGUUGAAGCUGAGAAGGCUGUUUCACCAAUCAAAGAAACUGAGGUAGUUGAAAAGCCUGCACCAGUCACUGAAGAAAAGGUUGACGAAACUGAAUCUGACGAACAGGUUGAAGCUGUCGAAGAAGUUUCACAAGUAAAGGAAGCUGUUACACAGGUUGAGAAACCAGUUUCACCAGUUGUUGAAGCUGAGAAGGCAGUUUCACCAAUCAAAGAAACUGAGGUAGUUGAAAAGCCUGCACCAGUCGCUGAAGAAAAGGUUGACGAAACUGAAUAUCACGAACAAGUUAAAGCUGUCGAAGAAGUUUCACAAGUAAAGGAAACUGUUACUCAGGUUGAGAAACCAGUUUCACCAGUUGUUGAAGCUGAGAAGGCAGUUUCACCAAUCAAAGAAACUGAGGUAGUUGAAAAGGCCUCACCAGUUACUGAAGAAAAGGUUGACGAAACUAAAUCUGACGAACAGGUUGAAGCUGUCGAAGAAGUUUCACAAGUGAAGGAAGCUGUUACUCAGGUUGAGAAACCAGUUUCACCAGUUGUUGAAGCUGAGAAGGCAGUUUCACCAAUCAAAGAAACUGAGGUAGUUGAAAAGCCUGCACCAGUCACUGAAGAAAAGGUUGACGAAACUGAAUCUGACGAACAGGUUGAAGCUGUCGAAGAAGUUUCACAAGUAAAGGAAGCUGUUACUCAGGUUGAGAAACCAGUUUCACCAGUUGUUGAAGCUGAGAAGGCAGUUUCACCAAUCAAAGAAACUGAGGUAGUUGAAAAGGCCUCACCAGUCACUGAAGAAAAGGUUGACGAAACUGAAUCUGACGAACAGGUUGAAGCUGCCGAAGAAGUUUCACAAGUAAAGGAAGCUGUUACUCAGGUUGAGAAACCAGUUUCACCAGUUGUUGAAGCUGAGAAGGCAGUUUCACCAAUCAAAGAAACUGAGGUAGUUGAAAAGGCUUCACUAGUCACUGAAGAAAAGGUUGACGAAACUGAAUCUGACGAACAGGUUGAAGCUGUCGAAGAAGUUUCACAAGUAAAGGAAGCUGUUACUCAGGUUGAGAAACCAGUUUCACCAGUUGUUGAAGCUGAGAAGGCAGUUUCACCAAUCAAAGAAACUGAGGUAGUUGAAAAGCCUGCACCAGUCACUGAAGAAAAGGUUGACGAAACUGAAUCUGACGAACAGGUUGAAGCUGUCGAAGAAGUUUCACAAGUAAAGGAAGCUGUUACUCAGGUUGAGAAACCAGUUUCACCAGUUGUUGAAGCUGAGAAGGCAGUUUCACCAAUCAAAGAAACUGAGGUAGUUGAAAAGGCCUCACCAGUCACUGAAGAAAAGGUUGACGAAACUGAAUCUGACGAACAGGUUGAAGCUGCCGAAGAAGUUUCACAAGUAAAGGAAGCUGUUACUCAGGUUGAGAAACCAGUUUCACCAGUUGUUGAAGCUGAGAAGGCAGUUUCACCAAUCAAAGAAACUGAGGUAGUUGAAAAGGCUUCACUAGUCACUGAAGAAAAGGUUGACGAAACUGAAUCUGACGAACAGGUUGAAGCUGUCGAAGAAGUUUCACAAGUAAAGGAAGCUGUUACUCAGGUUGAGAAACCAGUUUCACCAGUUGUUGAAGCUGAGAAGGCAGUUUCACCAAUCAAAGAAACUGAGGUAGUUGAAAAGGCCUCACCAGUCACUGAAGAAAAGAUUGACGAAACUGAAUCUGACGAACAGGUUGAAGCUGUCGAAGAAGUUUCACAAGUAAAGGAAGCUGUUACUCAGGUUGAGAAACCAGUUUCACCAGUUGUUGAAGCUGAGAAGGCAGUUUCACCAAUCAAAGAAACUGAGGUAGUUGAAAAGGCUUCACUAGUCACUGAAGAAAAGGUUGACGAAACUGAAUCUGACGAACAGGUUGAAGCUGUCGAAGAAGUUUCACAAGUAAAGGAAGCUGUUACUCAGGUUGAGAAACCAGUUUCACCAGUUGUUGAAGCUGAGAAGGCAGUUUCACCAAUCAAAGAAACUGAGGUAGUUGAAAAGCCUGCACCAGUCACUGAAGAAAAGGUUGACGAAACUGAAUCUGACGAACAGGUUGAAGCUGUCGAAGAAGUUUCACAAGUAAAGGAAGCUGUUACUCAGGUUGAGAAACCAGUUUCACCAGUUGUUGAAGCUGAGAAGGCAGUUUCACCAAUCAAAGAAACUGAGGUAGUUGAAAAGGCUUCACUAGUCACUGAAGAAAAGGUUGACGAAACUGAAUCUGACGAACAGGUUGAAGCUGUCGAAGAAGUUUCACAAGUAAAGGAAGCUGUUACUCAGGUUGAGAAACCAGUUUCCCCAGUUGUUGAAGCUGAGAAGGCAGUUUCACCAAUCCCAGAAACUCAGGUAGUUGAAAAGUCUUCAGCAGUCCCUGAAGAGAAGGUUGACGAAACUGAAUCUGACGAACAGGUUGAAGUUGUGGAAGAAGUUUCACAAGUAAAAGAAGCUGUUACUCAGGUUACGAAACCAGUUUCACCAGUUGUUGAAGCUGAGAAGGCAGUUUCACCAAUCAAAGAAACCGAGGUAGUUGAAAAGGCCUCACCAGUCACUGGAGAAAAGAUUGACGAAACUGAAUCUGACGAACAGGUUGAAGUUGUGGAAGAAGUUUCACAAGUAACGGAAGCUGUUACUCAGGUUGAGAAACCAGUUUCACCAGUCGUUGAAGCUGAGAAGGCAGUUUCACCAAUCAAAGAAACUGAGGUAGUUGAAAAGGCUUCACCAGUCACUGAAGAAAAGGUUGACGAAACUGAAUCUGACGAACAGGUUGAAGCUGUCGAAGAAGUUUCACAAGUAAAGGAAGCUGUUACUCAGGUUGAGAAACCAGUUUCACCAGUUGUUGAAGCUGAGAAGGCAGUUUCACCAAUCAAAGAAACUGAGGUAGUUGAAAAGGCUUCACCAGUCACUGAAGAAAAGGUUGACGAAACUGAAUCUGACGAACAGGUUGAAGCUGUCGAAGAAGUUUCACAAGUAAAGGAAGCUGUUACUCAGGUUGAGAAACCAGUUUCACCAGUUGUUGAAGCUGAGAAGACAGUUUCACCAAUCAAAGAAACUGAGGUAGUUGAAAAAGCUUCACCAGUCACUGAAGAAAAGGUUGACGAAACUGAAUCUGACGAACAGGUUGAAGCUGUCGAAGAAGUUUCACAAGUAAAGGAAGCUGUAACUCAGGUUGAGAAACCAGUUUCACCAGUUGUUGAAGCUGAGAAGACAGUUUCACCAAUCAAAGAAACUGAGGUAGUUGAAAAAGCUUCACCAGUCACUGAAGAAAAGGUUGACGAAACUGAAUCUGACGAACAGGUUGAAGCUGUCGAAGAAGUUUCACAAGUAAAGGAAGCUGUUACACAGGUUGAGAAACCAGUUUCACCAGUUGUUGAAGCUGAGAAGGCAGUUUCACCAAUCAAAGAAACUGAGGUAGUUGAAAAGGCUGCACCAGUUACUGAAGAAAAGGUUGACGAAACUGAAUCUGACGAACAGGUUGAAGCUGUCGAGGAAGUUUCACAAGUAAAGGAAGCUGUUACUCAGGUUGAGAAACCAGUUUCACCAGUUGUUGAAGCUGAGAAGACAGUUUCACCAAUCAAAGAAACUGAGGUAGUUGAAAAAGCUUCACCAGUCACUGAAGAAAAGGUUGACGAAACUGAAUCUGACGAACAGGUUGAAGCUGUCGAAGAAGUUUCACAAGUAAAGGAAGCUGUUACUCAGGUUGAGAAACCAGUUUCACCAGUUGUUGAAGCUGAGAAGGCAGUUUCACCAAUCACAGAAACUCAGGUAGUUGAAAAGCCUGCACCAGUCACUGAAGAAAAGGUUGACGAAACUGAAUCUGACGAACAGGUUGAAGCUGUCGAAGAAGUUUCACAAGUAAAGGAAGCUGUUACUCAGGUUGAGAAACCAGUUUCACCAGUUGUUGAAGCUGAGAAGACAGUUUCACCAAUCAAAGAAACUGAGGUAGUUGAAAAAGCUUCACCAGUCACUGAAGAAAAGGUUGACGAAACUGAAUCUGACGAACAGGUUGAAGCUGUCGAAGAAGUUUCACAAGUAAAGGAAGCUGUUACUCAGGUUGAGAAACCAGUUUCACCAGUUGUUGAAGCUGAGAAGGCAGUUUCACCAAUCAAAGAAACUGAGGUAGUUGAAAAGGCCUCACCAGUCACUGAAGAAAAGGUUGACGAAACUGAAUCUGACGAACAGGUUGAAGCUGUCGAAGAAGUUUCACAAGUAAAGGAAGCUGUUACUCAGGUUGAGAAACCAGUUUCACCAGUUGUUGAAGCUGAGAAGGCAGUUUCACCAAUCCCAGAAACUCAGGUAGUUGAAAAGGCUUCACCAGUCACUGGAGAGAAGGUUGACGAAACUGAAUCUGACGAACAGGUUGAAGCUGUCGAAGAAGUUUCACAAGUAAAGGAAGCUGUAACUCAGGUUGAGAAACCAGUUUCACCAGUUGUUGAAGCUGAGAAGACAGUUUCACCAAUCAAAGAAACUGAGGUAGUUGAAAAAGCUUCACCAGUCACUGAAGAAAAGGUUGACGAAACUGAAUCUGACGAACAGGUUGAAGCUGUCGAAGAAGUUUCACAAGUAAAGGAAGCUGUUACUCAGGUUGAGAAACCAGUUUCACCAGUUGUUGAAGCUGAGAAGGCAGCUUCACCAAUCAAAGAAACUGAGGUCGUUGAAAAGGCUGCACCAGUUACUGAAGAAAAGGUUGACGCAACUGAAUCUGACGAACAGGUUGAAGCUGUCGAAGAAGUUUCACAAGUAAAGGAAGCUGUUACUCAGGUUGAGAAACCAGUUUCGCCAGUUAAAGUUGAGGAAACUGAGGUAGUUGAAAAAGCUUCACCAGUCACUGAAGAAAAGGUUGACGAAACUGAAUCUGACGAACAGGUUGAAGCUGUCGAAGAAGUUUCACAAGUAAAGGAAGCUGUUACUCAGGUUGAGAAACCAGUUUCACCAGUUGUUGAAGCUGAGAAGGCAGUUUCACCAAUCACAGAAACUCAGGUAGUUGAAAAGCCUGCACCAGUCACUGAAGAAAAGGUUGACGAAACUGAAUCUGACGAACAGGUUGAAGCUGUCGAAGAAGUUUCACAAGUAAAGGAAGCUGUAACUCAGCUUGAGAAACCAGUUUCACCAGUUGUUGAAGCUGAGAAGGCAGUUUCACCAAUCAAAGAAACUGAGGUAGUUGAAAAGGCUGCACCAGUUACUGAAGAAAAGGUUGACGAAACUGAAUCUGACGAACAGGUUGAAGCUGUCGAAGAAGUUUCACAAGUAAAGGAAGCUGUUACUCAGGUUGAGAAACCAGUUUCACCAGUUGUUGAAGCUGAGAAGACAGUUUCACCAAUCAAAGAAACUGAGGUAGUUGAAAAAGCUUCACCAGUCACUGAAGAAAAGGUUGACGAAACUGAAUCUGACGAACAGGUUGAAGCUGUCGAAGAAGUUUCACAAGUAAAGGAAGCUGUUACUCAGGUUGAGAAACCAGUUUCACCAGUUGUUGAAGCUGAGAAGGCAGUUUCACCAAUCACAGAAACUCAGGUAGUUGAAAAGCCUGCACCAGUCACUGAAGAAAAGGUUGACGAAACUGAAUCUGACGAACAGGUUGAAGCUGUCGAAGAAGUUUCACAAGUAAAGGAAGCUGUAACUCAGCUUGAGAAACCAGUUUCACCAGUUGUUCAAGCUGAGAAGGCAGUUUCACCAAUCAAAGAAACUGAGGUAGUUGAAAAGGCUGCACCAGUUACUGAAGAAAAGGUUGACGAAACUGAAUCUGACGAACAGGUUGAAGCUGUCGAAGAAGUUUCACAAGUAAAGGAAGCUGUUACUCAGGUUGAGAAACCAGUUUCACCAGUUGUUGAAGCUGAGAAGACAGUUUCACCAAUCAAAGAAACUGAGGUAGUUGAAAAAGCUUCACCAGUCACUGAAGAAAAGGUUGACGAAACUGAAUCUGACGAACAGGUUGAAGCUGUCGAAGAAGUUUCACAAGUAAAGGAAGCUGUUACUCAGGUUGAGAAACCAGUUUCACCAGUUGUUGAAGCUGAGAAGGCAGUUUCACCAAUCAAAGAAACUGAGGUAGUUGAAAAGGCCUCACCAGUCACUGAAGAAAAGGUUGACGAAACUAAAUCUGACGAACAGGUUGAAGCUGUCGAAGAAGUUUCACAAGUAGAGGAAGCUGUUACUCAGGUUGAGAAACCAGUUUCGCCAGUUGUUGAAGCUGAGAAGACAGUUUCACCAAUCAAAGAAACUGAGGUUGAAGCUGUCGAAGAAGUUUCACAAGUAAAGGAAGCUGUUACUCAGGUUGAGAAACCAGUUUCACCAGUUGUUGAAGCUGAGAAGGCAGUUUCACCAAUCCCAGACACUCUAGUAGUUGAAAAGUCUUCACCAGUUACUGAAGAAAAGGUUGACGAAACUGAAUCUGACGAACAGGUUGAAGCUGUUGAAGAAGUUUCACAAGUAAAGGAAGCUGUUACUCAGGUUGAGAAACCAGUUUCACCAGUUGUUGAAGCUGAGAAGGCAGUUUCACCAAUCAAAGAAACUGAGGUAGUUGAAAAGGCCUCACCAGUCACUGAAGAAAAGGUUGACGAAACUGAAUCUGACGAACAGGUUGAAGCUGUCGAAGAAGUUUCACAAGUAAAGGAAGCUGUUACUCAGGUUGAGAAACCAGUUUCACCAGUUGUUGAAGCUGAGAAGGCAGUUUCACCAAUCCCAGAAACUCAGGUAGUUGAAAAGUCUUCACCAGUCACUGAAGAAAAGGUUGACGAAACUGAAUCUGACGAACAGGUUGAAGCUGUCGAAGAAGUUUCACAAGUAAAGGAAGCUGUUACUCAGGUUGAGAAACCAGUUUCACCAGUUGUUGAUGCUGAGAAGGCAGUUUCACCAAUCAAAGAAACUGAGGUAGUUGAAAAGGCCUCACCAGUCUCACCAGUUACUGAAGAAAAGGUUGACGAAACUGAAUCUGACGAACAGGUUGAAGAUGUCGAAGAAGUUUCAGAAGUAAAGGAAGCUGUUACUCAGGUUGAGAAACUCGUUUCACCAGUCGUUGAAGCUGAGAAGGCAGUUUCACCAAUCAAAGAAACUGAGGUAGUUGAAAAGGCUUCACCAGUCACUGAAGAAAAGGUUGACGAAACUGAAUCUGACGAACAGGUUGAAGCUGUCGAAGAAGUUUCACAAGUAAAGGAAGCUGUUACUCAGGUUGAGAAACUCGUUUCACCAGUCGUUGAAGCUGAGAAGGCAGUUUCACCAAUCAAAGAAACUGAGGUAGUUGAAAAGGCUUCACCAGUCACUGAAGAAAAGGUUGACGAAACUGAAUCUGACGAACAGGUUGAAGCUCUCGAAGAAGUUUCACAAGUAAAGGAAGCUGUUACUCAGGUUGAGAAACCAGUUUCACCAGUUGUUGAAGCUAAGAAGGCAGUUUCACCAAUCAAAGAAACUGAGGUAGUUGAAGAGGCCUCACCAGUCACUGAAGAAAAGGUUGACGAAACUGAAUCUGACGAACAGGUUGAAGCUCUCGAAGAAGUUUCACAAGUAAAGGAAGCUGUUACUCAGGUUGAGAAACCAGUUUCACCAGUUGUUGAAGCUGAGAAGGCAGUUUCACCAAUCCCAGAAACUCAGGUAGCUGAAAAGGCUUCACCAGUCACUGAAGAAAAGGUUGACGAAACUGAAUCUGACGAACAGGUUGAAGCUGUCGAAGAAGUUUCACAAGUAAAGGAAGCUGUUACUCAAGUUGAGAAACCAGUUUCACCAGUUGUUGAAGCUGAGAAGGCAGUUUCACCAAUCCCAGAAACUCAGGUAGUUGAAAAGUCUUCGCCAGUCACUGAAGAAAAGGUUGACGAAACUGAAUCUGACGAACAGGUUGAAGCUGUCGAAGAAGUUUCACAAGUAAAGGAAGCUGUUACUCAGGUUGAGAAACCAGUUUCACCAGUUGUUGAAGCUAAGAAGGCAGUUUCACCAAUCAAAGAAACUGAGGUAGUUGAAAAGGCCUCACUAGUCACUGAAGAAAAGGUUGACGAAACUGAAUCUGACGAACAGGUUGAAGCUGUCGAAGAAGUUUCACAAGUAAAGGAAGCUGUUACUCAGGUUGAGAAACCAGUUUCACCAGUUGUUGAAGCUGAGAAGGCAGUUUCACCAAUCAAAGAAACUGAGGUAGUUGAAAAGGCCUCACCAGUCACUGAAGAAAAGGUUGACGAAACUGAAUCUGACGAACAGGUUGAAGCUGUCGAAGAAGUUUCACAAGUAAAGGAAGCUGUUACUCAGGUUGAGAAACCAGUUUCACCAGUUGUUGAAGCUGAGAAGGCAGUUUCACCAAUCAAAGAAACUGAGGUAGUUGAAAAGGCCUCACCAGUCACUGAAGAAAAGGUUGACGAAACUGAAUCUGACGAACAGGUUGAAGCUGUCGAAGAAGUUUCACAAGUAAAGGAAGCUGUUACUCAGGUUGAGAAACCAGUUUCACCAGUUGUUGAAGCUGAGAAGGCAGUUUCACCAAUCCCAGAAACUCAGGUAGUUGAAAAGUCUUCACCAGUCACUGAAGAAAAGGUAGACGAAACUGAAUCUGACGAACAGGUUGAAGCUGUCGAAGAAGUUUCACAAGUAAAGGAAGCUGUUACUCAGGUUGAGAAACCAGUUUCACCAGUUGUUGAAGCUGAGAAGGCAGUUUCACCAAUCCCAGAAACUCAGGUAGUUGAAAAGUCUUCACCAGUCACUGAAGAAAAGGUUGACGAAACUGAAUCUGACGAACAGGUUGAAGCUGUCGAAGAAGUUUCACAAGUAAAGGAAGCUGUUACUCAGGUUGAGAAACCAGUUUCACCAGUUGUUGAAGCUGAGAAGGCAGUUUCACCAAUCAAAGAAACUGAGGUAGUUGAAAAGUCUUCACCAGUCACUGAAGAAAAGGUUGACGAAACUGAAUCUGACGAACAGGUUGAAGCUGUCGAAGAAGUUUCACAAGUAAAGGAAGCUGUUACUCAGGUUGAGAAACUCGUUUCACCAGUCGUUGAAGCUGAGAAGGCAGUUUCACCAAUCAAAGAAACUGAGGUAGUUGAAAAGGCUUCACCAGUCACUGAAGAAAAGGUUGACGAAACUGAAUCUGACGAACAGGUUGAAGCUGUCGAAGAAGUUUCACAAGUAAAGGAAGCUGUUACUCAGGUUGAGAAACCAGUUUCACCAGUUGUUGAUGCUGAGAAGGCAGUUUCACCAAUCCCAGAAACUCAGGUAGUUGAAAAGGCUUCACCAGUCACUGAAGAAAAGGUUGACGAAACUGAAUCUGACGAACAGGUUGAAGCUGUCGAAGAAGUUUCACAAGUAAAGGAAGCUGUUACUCAGGUUGAGAAACCAGUUUCACCAGUUGUUGAAGCUGAGAAGGCAGUUUCACCAAUCCCAGAAACUCAGGUAGUUGAAAAGUCUUCACCAGUCACUGAUGAGAAGGUUGACGAAACUGAAUCUGACGAACAGGUUGAAGCUGUCGAAGAAGUUUCACAAGUAAAGGAAGCUGUUACUCAGGUUGAGAAACCAGUUUCACCAGUUGUUGAAGCUAAGAAGGCAGUUUCACCAAUCAAAGAAACUGAGGUAGUUGAAAAGGCCUCACUAGUCACUGAAGAAAAGGUUGACGAAACUGAAUCUGACGAACAGGUUGAAGCUGUUGAAGAAGUUUCACAAGUAAAGGAAGCUGUUACUCAGGUUGAGAAACCAGUUUCACCAGUUGUUGAAGCUGAGAAGGCAGUUUCACCAAUCCCAGAAACUCAGGUAGUUGAAAAGUCUUCACCAGUCACUGAAGAGAAGGUUGACGAAACUGAAUCUGACGAACAGGUUGAAGCUGUCGAAGAAGUUUCACAAGUAAAGGAAGCUGUUACUCAGGUUGAGAAAUCAGUUUCACCAGAUGUUGAAGCUGAGAAGGCAGUUUCACCAAUCAAAGAAACUGAGGUAGUUGAAAAGUCCUCACCAGUUACUGAAGAAAAGGUUGACGAAACUGAAUCUGACGAACAAGUUGAAGCUGUCGAAGAAGUUUCACAAGUGAAGGAAGCUGUUACUCAGGUUGAGAAACCAGUUUCACCAGUCGUUGAAGUUGAGAAGGCAGUUUCACCAAUCGAAGAAACUGAGGUAGUUGAAGAGGCCUCACCAGUCACUGAAGAAAAGGUUGACGAAACUGAAUCUGACGAACAGGUUGAAGCUGUCGAAGAAGUUUCACAAGUAAAGGAAGCUGUUACUCAGGUUGAGAAACCAGUUUCACCAGUUGUUGAAGCUGAGAAGGCAGUUUCACCAAUCCCAGAAACUCAGGUAGUUGAAAAGUCUUCACUAGUCACUGAAGAGAAGGUUGACGAAACUGAAUCUGACGAACAGGUUGAAGCUGUCGAAGAAGUUUCACAAGUAAAGGAAGCUGUUACUCAGGUUGAGAAACCAGUUUCACCAGUUGUUGAUGCUGAGAAGGCAGUUUCACCAAUCAAAGAAACUGAGGUAGUUGAAAAGGCCUCACCAGUCACUGAAGAAAAGGUUGACGAAACUGAAUCUGACGAACAGGUUGAAGCUGUUGAAGAAGUUUCACAAGUAAAGGAAGCUGUUACUCAGGUUGAGAAACCAGUUUCACCAGUUGUUGAAGCUGAGAAGGCAGUUUCACCAAUCCCAGAAACUCAGGUAGUUAAAAAGUCUUCACCAGUCACUGAUGAGAAGGUUGACGAAACUGAAUCUGACGAACAGGUUGAAGCUGUCGAAGAAGUUUCACAAGAAAAGGAAGCUGUUACUCAGGUUGAGAAACCAGUUUCACCAGUUGUUGAAGCUAAGAAGGCAGUUUCACCAAUCAAAGAAACUGAGGUAGUUGAAAAGGCCUCACUAGUCACUGAAGAAAAGGUUGACGAAACUGAAUCUGACGAACAGGUUGAAGCUGUUGAAGAAGUUUCACAAGUAAAGGAAGCUGUUACUCAGGUUGAGAAACCAGUUUCACCAGUUGUUGAAGCUGAGAAGGCAGUUUCACCAAUCAAGGAAACUCAGGUAGUUGAAAAGUCUUCACCAGUCACUGAAGAGAAGGUUGACGAAACUGAAUCUGACGAACAGGUUGAAGCUGUCGAAGAAGUUUCACAAGUAAAGGAAGCUGUUACUCAGGUUGAGAAAUCAGUUUCACCAGAUGUUGAAGCUGAGAAGGCAGUUUCACCAAUCAAAGAAACUGAGGUAGUUGAAAAGUCCUCACCAGUUACUGAAGAAAAGGUUGACGAAACUGAAUCUGACGAACAAGUUGAAGCUGUCGAAGAAGUUUCACAAGUGAAGGAAGCUGUUACUCAGGUUGAGGAACCAGUUUCACCAGUCGUUGAAGUUGAGAAGGCAGUUUCACCAAUCGAAGAAACUGAGGUAGUUGAAGAGGCCUCACCAGUCACUGAAGAAAAGAUUGACGAAACUGAAUCUGACGAACAGGUUGAAGCUGUCGAAGAAGUUUCACAAGUAAAGGAAGCUGUUACUCAGGUUGAGAAACCAGUUUCACCAGUUGUUGAAGCUGAGAAGGCAGUUUCACCAAUCCCAGAAACUCAGGUAGUUGAAAAGUCUUCACUAGUCACUGAAGAGAAGGUUGACGAAACUGAAUCUGACGAACAGGUUGAAGCUGUCGAAGAAGUUUCACAAGUAAAGGAAGCUGUUACUCAGGUUGAGAAACCAGUUUCAACAGUUGUUGAAGCUGAGAAGGCAGUUUCACCAAUCAAAGAAACUGAGGUAGUUGAAAAGGCCUCACCAGUCACUGAAGAAAAGGUUGACGAAACUGAAUCUGACGAACAGGUUGAAGCUGUCGAAGAAGUUUCACAAGUGAAGGAAGCUGUUACUCAGGUUGAGAAACCAGUUUCACCAGUUGUUGAUGCUGAGAAGGCAGUUUCACCAAUCGAAGAAACUGAGGUAGUUGAAAAGGCCUCACCAGUUACUGAAGAAAAGGUUGACGAAACUGAAUCUGACGAACAGGUUGAAGCUGUCGAAGAAGUUUCACAAGUAAAGGAAGCUGUUACUCAGGUUGAGAAACCAGUUUCACCAGUUGUUGAAGCUGAGAAGGCAGUUUCACCAAUCCCAGAAACUCAGGUAGUUGAAAAGUCUUCACCAGUUACUGAAGAGAAGGUUGACGAAACUGAAUCUGACGAGCAGGUUGAAGCUGUCGAAGAAGUUUCACAAGUGAAGGAAGCUGUUACUCAGGUUGAGAAACCCGUUUCACCAGUUGUUGAAGCUGAGAAGGCAGUUUCACCAAUCAAAGAAACUGAGGUAGUUGAAAAGUCUUCACCAGUCACUGGAGAAAAGAUUGACGAAACUGAAUCUGACGAACAGGUUGAAGCUGUCGAAGAAGUUUCACAAGUAAAGGAAGCUGUUACUCAGGUUGAGAAACUCGUUUCACCAGUCGUUGAAGCUGAGAAGGCAGUUUUACCAAUCAAAGAAACUGAGGUAGUUGAAAAGGCUUCACCAGUCACUGAAGAAAAGGUUGACGAAACUGAAUCUGACGAACAGGUUGAAGCUGUCGAAGAAGUUUCAGAAGUAAAGGAAGCUGUUACUCAGGUUGAGAAACCAGUUUCACCAGUUGUUGAAGCUGAGAAGGCAGUUUCACCAAUCAACGAAACUGAGGUAGUUGAAAAGGCAUCACCAGUCACUGGAGAAAAGAUUGACGAAACUGAAUCUGACGAACAGGUUGAAGUUGUGGAAGAAGUUUCACAAGUAACGGAAGCUGUUACUCAGGUUGAGAAACUCGUUUCACCAGUUGUUGAAGCUGAGAAGGCAGUUUCACCAAUCAAAGAAACUGAGGUAGUUGAAAAGGCUUCACCAGUCACCGAAGAAAAGGUUGACGAAACUGAAUCUGACGAACAGGUUGAAGCUGUCGAAGAAGUUUCACAAGUAAAGGAAGCUGUUACUCAGGUUGAGAAACUCGUUCCAACAGUCGUUGAAGCUGAGAAGGCAGUUUCACCAAUCAAAGAAACUGAGGUAGUUGAAAAGGAUUCACCAGUCACUGAAGAAAAGGUUGACGAAACUGAAUCUGACGAACAGGUUGAAGCUGUCGAAGAAGUUUCACAAGUAAAGGAAGCUGUUACUCAGGUUGAGAAACCAGUUUCACCAGUUGUUGAAGCUGAGAAGGCAGUUUCACCAAUCCCAGAAACUCAGGUAGUUGAAAAGUCUUCGCCAGUCACUGAAAAGGUUGACGAAACUGAAUCUGACGAACAGGUUGAAGCUGUCGAAGAAGUUUCACAAGUAAAGGAAGCUGUUACUCAGGUUGAGAAACCAGUUUCACCAGUUGUUGAAGCUGAGAAGGCAGUUUCACCAAUCAAAGAAACUGAGGUAGUUGAAAAGACUUCACUAGUCACUGAAGAAAAGGUUGACGAAACUGAAUCUGACGAACAGGUUGAAGCUGUCGAAGAAGUUUCACAAGUAAAGGAAGCUGUUACUCAGGUUGAGAAACCAGUUUCACCAGUUGUUGAAGCUGAGAAGGCAGUUUCACCUAUCGAAGAAACUGAGGUAGCUGAAAAGGCUGCACCAGUCACUGAAGAAAAGGUUGACGAAACUGAAUCUGACGAACAAGUUGAAGCUGUCGAAAAAGUUUCACAAGUAAAGGAAGCUGUUACUCAGGUUGAGAAAUCAGUUUCACCAGUUGUUGAAGCUGAGAAGGCAGUUUCACCAAUCAAAGGAACUAAGGUAGUUGAAAAGGCCUCACCAGUUACUGAAGAAAAGGUUGACGAAACUGAAUCUGACGAACAGGAUGAAGCUGUCGAAGAAGUUUCACAAGUGAAGGAAGCUGUUACUCAGGUUGAGAAACCAGUUUCACCAGUUGUUGAAACUGAGAAGGCAGUUUCACCAAUCCCAGAAACUCAGGUAGUUGAAAAGUCUUCGCCAGUCACUGAAAAGGUUGACGAAACUGAAUCUGACGAACAGGUUGAAGCUGUCGAAGAAGUUUCACAAGUAAAGGAAGCUGUUACUCAGGUUGAGAAACCAGUUUCACCAGUUGUUGAAGCUGAGAAGGCAGUUUCACCAAUCCCAGAAACUCAGGUAGUUGAAAAGUCUUCGCCAGUCACUGAAAAGGUUGACGAAACUGAAUCUGACGAACAGGUUGAAGCUGUCGAAGAAGUUUCACAAGUAAAGGAAGCUGUUACUCAGGUUGAGAAACCAGUUUCACCAGUUGUUGAAGCUGAGAAGGCAGUUUCACCAAUCAAAGAAACUGAGGUAGUUGAAAAGACUUCACUAGUCACUGAAGAAAAGGUUGACGAAACUGAAUCUGACGAACAGGUUGAAGCUGUCGAAGAAGUUUCACAAGUAAAGGAAGCUGUUACUCAGGUUGAGAAACCAGUUUCACCAGUUGUUGAAGCUGAGAAGGCAGUUUCACCAAUCCCAGAAACUCAGGUAGUUGAAAAGUCUUCGCCAGUCACUGAAAAGGUUGACGAAACUGAAUCUGACGAACAGGUUGAAGCUGUCGAAGAAGUUUCACAAGUAAAGGAAGCUGUUACUCAGGUUGAGAAACCAGUUUCACCAGUUGUUGAAGCUGAGAAGGCAGUUUCACCAAUCAAAGAAACUGAGGUAGUUGAAAAGACUUCACUAGUCACUGAAGAAAAGGUUGACGAAACUGAAUCUGACGAACAGGUUGAAGCUGUCGAAGAAGUUUCACAAGUAAAGGAAGCUGUUACUCAGGUUGAGAAACCAGUUUCACCAGUUGUUGAAGCUGAGAAGGCAGUUUCACCAAUCCCAGAAACUCAGGUAGUUGAAAAGUCUUCGCCAGUCACUGAAAAGGUUGACGAAACUGAAUCUGACGAACAGGUUGAAGCUGUCGAAGAAGUUUCACAAGUAAAGGAAGCUGUUACUCAGGUUGAGAAACCAGUUUCACCAGUUGUUGAAGCUGAGAAGGCAGUUUCACCAAUCAAAGAAACUGAGGUAGUUGAAAAGACUUCACUAGUCACUGAAGAAAAGGUUGACGAAACUGAAUCUGACGAACAGGUUGAAGCUGUCGAAGAAGUUUCACAAGUAAAGGAAGCUGUUACUCAGGUUGAGAAAUCAGUUUCACCAGUUGUUGAAGCUGAGAAGGCAGUUUCACCAAUCGAAGAAACUGAGGUAAUUGAAGAGGCCUCACCAGUCACUGAAGAAAAGAUUGACGAAACUGAAUCUGACGAACAGGUUGAAGCUGUCGAAGAAGUUUCACAAGUAAAGGAAGCUGUUACUCAGGUUGAGAAACCAGUUUCACCAGUUGUUGAAGCUGAGAAGGCAGUUUCACCAAUCAAAGAAACUGAGGUGGUUGAAAAGACUUCACUACUCACUGAAGAAAAGGUUGACGAAACUGAAUCUGCCGAACAGGUUGAAGCUGUCGAAGAAGUUUCACAAGUAAAGGAAGCUGUUACUCAGGUUGAGAAAACAGUUUCACCAGUUGUUGAAGCUGAGAAGGCAGUUUCACCAAUCAAAGAAACUGAGGUAGUUGAAAAGGCCUCACUAGUCACUGAAGAAAAGGUUGACGAAACUGAAUCUGACGAACAGGUUGAAGCUGUCGAAGAAGUUUCAGAAGUAAAGGAAGCUGUUACUCAGGUUGAGAAACCAGUUUCACCAGUUGUUGAAGCUGAGAAGGCAGUUUCACCAAUCAAAGAAACUGAGGUAGUUGAAAAGGCUGCACCAGUUACUGAAGAAAAGGUUGACGAAACUGAAUCUGACGAACAGGUUGAAGCUGUCGAAGAAGUUUCACAAGUAAAGGAAGCUGUUACUCAGGUUGAGAAACCAAUUUCACCAGUUGUUGAAGCUGAGAAGGCAGUUUCACCAAUCAACGAAACUGAGGUAGUUGAAAAGGCAUCACCAGUCACUGGAGAAAAGAUUGACGAAACUGAAUCUGACGAACAGGUUGAAGUUGUGGAAGAAGUUUCACAAGUAACGGAAGCUGUUACUCAGGUUGAGAAACUCGUUUCACCAGUCGUUGAAGCUGAGAAGGCAGUUUCACCAAUCAAAGAAACUAAGGUAGUUGAAAAGGCCUCACCAGUUACUGAAGAAAAGGUUGACGAAACUGAAUCUGACGAACAGGUUGAAGCUGUCGAAGAAGUUUCACAAGUAAAGGAAGCUGUUACUCAGGUUGAGAAACUCGUUCCAACAGUCGUUGAAGCUGAGAAGGCAGUUUCACCAAUCAAAGAAACUGAGGUAGUUGAAAAGUCUUCACCAGUCACUGAAGAAAAAGUUGACGAAACUGAAUCUGACGAACAGGUUGAAGCUGUCGAAGAAGUUUCACAAGUAAAGGAAGCUGUUACUCAGGUUGAGAAACCAGUUUCACCAGUUGUUGAAGCUGAGAAGGCAGUUUCACCAAUCCCAGAAACUCAGGUAGUUGAAAAGUCUUCGCCAGUCACUGAAAAGGUUGACGAAACUGAAUCUGACGAACAGGUUGAAGCUGUCGAAGAAGUUUCACAAGUAAAGGAAGCUGUUACUCAGGUUGAGAAACCAGUUUCACCAGUUGUUGAAGCUGAGAAGGCAGUUUCACCAAUCAAAGAAACUCAGGUAGUUGAAAAGUCUUCACUAGUCACUGAAGAAAAGGUUGACGAAACUGAAUCUGACGAACAGGUUGAAGCUGUCGAAGAAGUUUCACAAGUAAAGGAAGCUGUUACUCAGGUUGAGAAACCAGUUUCACCAGUUGUUGAAGCUGAGAAGGCAGUUUCACCAAUCCCAGAAACUGAGGUAGCUGAAAAGGCUGCACCAGUCACUGAAGAAAAGGUUGACGAAACUGAAUCUGACGAACAGGUUGAAGCUGUCGAAGAAGUUUCACAAGUAAAGGAAGCUGUUACUCAGGUUGAGAAAUCAGUUUCACCAGUUGUUGAAGCUGAGAAGGCAGUUUCACCAAUCAAAGAAACUAAGGUAGUUAAAAAGGCCUCACCAGUUACUGAAGAAAAGGUUGACGAAACUGAAUCUGACGAACAGGUUGAAGCUGUCGAAGAAGUUUCACAAGUAAAGGAAGCUGUUACUCAGGUUGAGAAAACAGUUUCACCAGUUGUUGAAGCUGAGAAGGCAGUUUCACCAAUCAAAGAAACUGAGGUGGUUGAAAAGACUUCACUACUCACUGAAGAAAAGGUUGACGAAACUGAAUCUGCCGAACAGGUUGAAGCUGUCGAAGAAGUUUCACAAGUAAAGGAAGCUGUUACUCAGGUUGAGAAAACAGUUUCACCAGUUGUUGAAGCUGAGAAGGCAGUUUCACCAAUCAAAGAAACUGAGGUAGUUGAAAAGGCCUCACUAGUCACUGAAGAAAAGGUUGACGAAACUGAAUCUGACGAACAGGUUGAAGCUGUCGAAGAAGUUUCAGAAGUAAAGGAAGCUGUUACUCAGGUUGAGAAACCAGUUUCACCAGUUGUUGAAGCUGAGAAGGCAGUUUCACCAAUCAAAGAAACUGAGGUAGUUGAAAAGGCUGCACCAGUUACUGAAGAAAAGGUUGACGAAACUGAAUCUGACGAACAGGUUGAAGCUGUCGAAGAAGUUUCACAAGUAAAGGAAGCUGUUACUCAGGUUGAGAAACCAGUUUCACCAGUUGUUGAAACUGAGAAGGCAGUUUCACCAAUCCCAGAAACUCAGGUAGUUGAAAAGUCUUCGCCAGUCACUGAAAAGGUUGACGAAACUGAAUCUGACGAACAGGAUGAAGCUGUCGAAGAAGUUUCACAAGUAAAGGAAGCUGUUACUCAGGUUGAGAAACCAGUUUCACCAGUUGUUGAAGCUGAGAAGGCAGUUUCACCAAUCAAAGAAACUCAGGUAGUUGAAAAGUCUUCACUAGUCACUGAAGAAAAGGUUGACGAAACUGAAUCUGACGAACAGGUUGAAGCUGUCGAAGAAGUUUCACAAGUAAAGGAAGCUGUUACUCAGGUUGAGAAACCAGUUUCACCAGUUGUUGAAGCUGAGAAGGCAGUUUCACCAAUCGAAGAAACUGAGGUAGCUGAAAAGGCUGCACCAGUCACUGAAGAAAAGGUUGACGAAACUGAAUCUGACGAACAGGUUGAAGCUGUCGAAGAAGUUUCACAAGUAAAGGAAGCUGUUACUCAGGUUGAGAAAUCAGUUUCACCAGUUGUUGAAGCUGAGAAGGCAGUUUCACCAAUCAAAGAAACUAAGGUAGUUGAAAAGGCCUCACCAGUUACUGAAGAAAAGGUUGACGAAACUGAAUCUGACGAACAGGUUGAAGCUGUCGAAGAAGUUUCACAAGUAAAGAAAGCUGUUACUCAGGUUGAGAAAACAGUUUCACCAGUUGUUGAAGCUGAGAAGGCAGUUUCACCAAUCAAAGAAACUGAGGUGGUUGAAAAGACUUCACUACUCACUGAAGAAAAGGUUGACGAAACUGAAUCUGCCGAACAGGUUGAAGCUGUCGAAGAAGUUUCACAAGUAAAGGAAGCUGUUACUCAGGUUGAGAAAACAGUUUCACCAGUUGUUGAAGCUGAGAAGGCAGUUUCACCAAUCAAAGAAACUGAGGUAGUUGAAAAGGCCUCACUAGUCACUGAAGAAAAGGUUGACGAAACUGAAUAUGACGAACAGGUUGAAGCUGUCGAAGAAGUUUCACAAGUAACGGAAGCUGUUACUCAGGUUGAGAAACCAGUUUUUCCAUUUGUUGAUACUGAUAAGGCAGUGUCACCAAUCAAAGAAACUGAGGUAGUUGAAAAGGCUGCACCAGUCACUGAAGAAAAGGUUGACGAAACUGAAUCUGACGAACAGGUUGAAGCUGUCGAAGAAGUUUCACAAGUAAAGGAAGCUGUUACUCAGGUUGAGAAACCAGUUUCACCAGUUGUUGAAGCUGAGAAGGCAGUUUCACCAAUCAAAGAAACUGAGGUAGUUGAAAAGGCCUCACCAGUUACUGAAGAAAAGGUUGACGAAACUGAAUCUGACGAACAGGUUGAAGCUGUCGAAGAAGUUUCACAAGUGAAGGAAGCUGUUACUCAGGUUGAGAAACCAGUUUCACCAGUUGUUGAAGCUGAGAAGGCAGUUUCACCAAUCAAAGAAACUCAGGUAGUUGAAAAGGCUUCACCAGUUACUGAAGAAAAGGUUGACGAAACUGAAUCUGACGAACAGGUUGAAGCUGUCGAAGAAGUUUCACAAGUAACGGAAGCUGUUACUCAGGUUGAGAAACCAGUUUUUCCAUUUGUUGAUACUGAUAAGGCAGUGUCACCAAUCCCAGAAACUGAGGUAGUGGAGAAGGCUACACCAGUCACUGAAGAAAAGGUUGACGAAACUGAAUCUGACGAACAGGUUGAAGCUGUCGAAGAAGUUUCACAAGUAAAGGAAGCUGUUACUCAGGUUGAGAAACCAGUUUCACCAGUUGUUGAAGCUGAGAAGGCAGUUUCACCAAUCAAAGAAACUGAGGUAGUUGAAAAGACUUCACUAGUCACUGAAGAAAAGGUUGACGAAACUGAAUCUGUCGAGCAGGUUGAAGCUGUCGAAGAAGUUUCACAAGUAAAGGAAGCUGUUACUCAGGUUGAGAAACCAGUUUCACCAGUUGUUGAAGCUGAGAAGGCAGUUUCACCAAUCAAAGAAACUGAGGUAGUUGAAAAGGCUGCACCAGUCACUGAAGAAAAGAUUGACGAAACUGAAUAUGACGAACAGGUUGAAGCUGUCGAAGAAGUUUCACAAGUGAAGGAAGCUGUUACUCAGGUCGAGAAACCAGUUUCUCCAUUUGUUGAUGCUGGGAAGGCAGUUACACCAAUCAAAGAAACUGAGGUAGUUGAAAAGGCUGCACCAGUCACUGAAGAAAAGGUUGACGAAACUGAAUCUGUCGAACAGGUUGAAGCUGUCGAAGAAGUUUCACAAGUAAAGGAAGCUGUUACUCAGGUUGAGAAACCAGUUUCACCAGUUGUUGAAGCUGAGAAGGCAGUUUCACCAAUCAAAGAAACUGAGGUAGUUGAAAAGGCCUCACCAGUCACUGAAGAAAAGGUUGACGAUGAUAAAUCUGUCGAACAGGUUGAAGCUGUCGAAGAAGUUUCACAAGUAAAGGAAGCUGUUACUCAGGUUGAGAAACCAGUUUCACCAGUUGUUGAAGCUGAGAAGGCAGUUUCACCAAUCAAAGAAACUGAGGUAGUUGAAAAGACUUCACUAGUCACUGGAGAGAAGGUUGACGAAACUGAAUCUGACGAACAGGUUGAAGCUCUCAAAGAAGUUUCACAAGUAAAGGAAGCUGUUACUCAGGUUGAGAAACCAGUUUCACCAGUUGUUGAAGCUGAGAAGGCAGUUUCACCAAUCAAAGAAACUGAUGUAGUUGAAAAGGCUUCACCAGUUACUGAAGAAAAGGUUGACGAAACUGAAUCUGACGAACAGGUUGAAGCUGUCGAAGAAGUUUCACAAGUAAAGGAAGCUGUUACUCAGGUUGAGAAACCAGUUUCACCAGUUGUUGAAGCUGAGAAGGCAGUUUCACCAAUCAAAGAAACUGAGGUAGUUGAAAAGUCUUCACCAGUUACUGAAGAAAAGGUUGACGAAACUGAAUCUGACGAACAGGUUGAAGCUGCCGAAGAAGUUUCACAAGUAAAGGAAGCUGUUACUCAGGUUGAGAAACCAGUUUCUCCAUUUGUUGAUGCUGGGAAGGCAGUUUCACCAAUCAAAGAAACUGAGGUAGUUGAAAAGGCUGCACCAGUCACUGAAGAAAAGGUUGACGAAACUGAAUCUGACGAACAGGUUGAAGCUGUCGAAGAAGUUUCACAAGUAACGGAAUCUGUUACUCAGGUUGAGAAAUCAGUUUCCCAAGUUGUUGAAGCUGAGAAGGCAGUUUCACCAAUCAAAGAAACUGAGGUAGUUGAAAAGGCUUCACCAGUCACUGAAGAAAAGGUUGACGAAACUGAAUCUGACGAACAGGUUGAAGCUGUCGAAGAAGUUUCACAAGUAAAGGAAGCUGUUACUCAGGUUGAGAAACCAGUUUCUCCAGUUGUUGAAGCUGAGAAGGCAGUUUCACCAAUCAAAGAAACUGAGGUAGAAAAGGCUGCACCAGUCACUGAAGAAAAGGUUGACGAAACUGAAUCUGACGAACAGGUUGAAGCUGUCGAAGAAGUUUCACAAGUAACGGAAGCUGUUACUCAGGUUGAGAAACCAGUUUUUUCAGUUGUUGAUACUGAUAAGGCAGUGUCACCAAUCCAAGAAACUGAGGCAGUGGAGAAGGCUGCACCAGUCACUGAAGAAAAGGUUGACGAAACUGAAUCUGACGAACAGGUUGAAGCUGUCGAAGAAGUUUCACAAGUAACGGAAGCAAUUACUCAGGUUGAGAAAUCAGUUUCCCAAGUUGUUGAAGCUGAGAAGGCAGUUUCACCAAUCAAAGAAACUGAGGUAGUUGAAAAGGCUUCACCAGUUACUGAAGAAAAGGUUGACGAAACUGAAUCUGACGAACAGGUUGAAGCUGUCGAAGAAGUUUCGGAAGUAACGGAAUCUGUUACUCAGGUUAAGAAACCAGUUUCAUCAGUUGUUGAAGCUGAGAAGGCAGUUUCACCAAUCAAAGAAACUGAGGUAGUUGAAGAGGCUUCUCCAGCCACUGAAGAAAAGGUUGACGAAACUGAAUCUGACGAACAGGUUGAAGCUGUCGAAGAAGUUUCACAAGUAACCGAAUCUGUUACUCAGGUUGAGAAAUCAGUUUCACCAGUUGUUGAAGCUGAGAAGGCAGUUUCAUCAAUCAAAGAAACUGAGGUUGUUGAAAAGGCUUCACCACCAGUUACUGAAGAAAAGGUUGACGAAACUGAAUCUGACGAACAGGUUGAAGCUGUCGAAGAAGUUUCACAAGUAACGGAAGUUCUCACUCAGGUUGAGAAAUCCGUUUCACCAGUUGUUGAAGCUGAGAAAGAAGUUUUACCAAUCAAGGAAACUGAGGUAGUUGAAAAGGCUUCAACAGUCACUGGAGAAAAGAUUGACGAUACUGAAUCUGACGAACAGGUUGAAGCUGUCGAAGAAGUUUCACAAGUAACGGAAGUUGUCACUCAGGUUGAGAAACCAGUUUCAUCAGUUGUUGCAGCUGAGAAGGCAGUUUCACCAAUCAAAGAAACUGAGGUAGUUGAAAAGACUUCACCAGUCACUGAAGAAAAGGUUGACGAAACUGAAUCUGACGAACAGGUUGAAGCUGUCGAAGAAGUUUCACAAGUAACGGAAUCUGUUACUCAGGUUGAGAAGUCAGUUUCCCAAGUUGUUGAAGCUGAGAAGGCAGUUUCACCAAUCAAAGAAACUGAGGUAGUUGAAAAGGCUUCACCAGUCACUGGAGAAAAGAUUGACGAAACUGAAUCUGACGAACAGGUUGAAGUUGUGGAAGAAGUUUCACAAGUAAAGAAAUCUGUUACUCAGGUUGAGAAACCAGUUUCUCCAGUCGUUGAAGCUGAGAAGGCAGUUUCACCAAUCAAAGAAACUGAGGUAGUUGAAAAGGCUUCACCAGUCACUGGAGAAAAGAUUGACGAAACUGAAUCUGACGAACAGGUUGAAGUUGUGGAAGAAGUUUCACAAGUAAAGGAAGCUGUUACUCAGGUUGAGAAACCAGUUUCACCAGUCGUUGAAGCUGAGAAGGCAGUUUCACCAAUCAAAGAAACUGAGGUAGUUGUAAAGGCUUCACCAGUCACUGAAGAAAAGGUUGACGAAACUGAAUCUGACGAACAGGUUGAAGUUGUGGAAGAAGUUUCACAAGCAAAGGAAGCUGUUACUCAGGUUGAGAAACCAGUUUCACCAGUCGUUGAAGCUGAGAAGGCAGUUUCACCAAUCAAAGAAACUGAGGUAGUUGAAAAGACUUCACCAGUCACUGAAGAAAAGGUUGCCGAAACUGUAUCUGACGAACAGGUUGAAGUUGUGGAAGAAGUUUCACAAGUAACGGACUCUGUUACUCAGGUUGAGAAAUCAGUUUCACCAGUUGUUGAAGCUGAGAAGGCAGUUUCGCCAAUCAAAGAAACUGAGGUAGUUGAAAAGGUCUCACCAGUUACUGAAGAAAAGGUUGACGAAACUGAAUCUGACGAACAGGUUGAAGUUGUGGAAGAAGUUUCACAAGUAAAGGAAGCUGUUACUCAGGUUGAGAAACCAGUUUCACCAGUUGUUGAAGCUGAGAAGGCAGUUUCACCAAUCAAAGAAACUGAGGUAGUUGUAAAGGCUUCACCAGUCACUGAAGAAAAGGUUGACGAAACUGAAUCUGACGAACAGGUUGAAGUUGUGGAAGAAGUUUCACAAGCAAAGGAAGCUGUUACUCAGGUUGAGAAACCAGUUUCACCAGUCGUUGAAGCUGAGAAGGCAGUUUCACCAAUCAAAGAAACUGAGGUAGUUGAAAAGACUUCACCAGUCACUGAAGAAAAGGUUGCCGAAACUGUAUCUGACGAACAGGUUGAAGUUGUGGAAGAAGUUUCACAAGUAACGGACUCUGUUACUCAGGUUGAGAAAUCAGUUUCACCAGUUGUUGAAGCUGAGAAGGCAGUUUCGCCAAUCAAAGAAACUGAGGUAGUUGAAAAGGUCUCACCAGUUACUGAAGAAAAGGUUGACGAAACUGAAUCUGACGAACAGGUUGAAGUUGUGGAAGAAGUUUCACAAGUAAAGGAAGCUGUUACUCAGGUUGAGAAACCAGUUUCACCAGUCGUUGAAGCUGAGAAGGCAGUUUCACCAAUCAAAGAAACUGAGGUAGUUGAAAAGGCUUCACCAGUCACUGAAGAAAAGGUUGACGAAGCUGAAUCUGACGAACAGGUUGAAGCUGUCGAAGAAGUUUCACAAGUAACGGAAUCUGUUACUCAGGUUGAGAAACCAGUUUCCCAAGUUGUUGAAGCUGAGAAGGCAGUUUCACCAAUCAAAGAAACUGAGGUAGUUGAAAAGACUUCACCAGUCACUGAAAAAAAGGUUGACGAAACUGAAUCUGACGAACAGGUUGAAGCUGUCGAAGAAGUUUCACAAGUAACGGAAUCUGUUACUCAGGUUGAGAAAUCAGUUUCCCAAGUUGUUGAAGCUGAGAAGGCAGUUUCACCAAUCAAAGAAACUGAGGUAGUUGAAAAGGCUUCACCAGUCACUGGAGAAAAGAUUGACGAAACUGAAUCUGACGAACAGGUUGAAGUUGUGGAAGAAGUUUCACAAGUAACGGAAGCUGUUACUCAGGUUGAGAAACUCGUUUCACCAGUCGUUGAAGCUGAGAAGGCAGUUUCACCAAUCAAGGAAACUGAGAUAGUUGAAAAGACUUCACCAGUCACUGAAGAAAAGUUUGACGAAACUGAAUCUGACGAACAGGUUGAAGCUGUCGAAGAUGUUCCACAAGUAAAGGAAGCUGUUACUCAGGUUGAGAAACCAGUUUCACCAGUUGUUGAAGCUGAGAAGGCAGUUUCACCAAUCAAAGAAACUGAGGUAGUUGAAAAGGUCUCACCAGUUACUGAAGAAAAGGUUGACGAAACUGAAUCUGAUCAACAGAUCGAAGUUGUCGAAGAAGUUUCACAAGUAACGGAAGCUGUUACUCAGGUUGAGAAACCCGUUUUACCAGUUGAUGAUGCUGAGAAGGCAGUUUCACCAAUCAAAGAAACUGAGGUAGUUGAAAAGACUUCACCAGUCACUGAAGAAAAGGUUGACGAAACUGAACCUGACGAACAGGUUGAAGCUGUCGAAGAUGUUCCACAAGUAAAGGAAGCUGUUACUCAGGUUGAGAAACCAGUUUCACCAGUUGUUGAAGCUGAGAAGGCAGUUUCACCAAUCAAAGAAACUGAGGUAGUUGAAAAGGCUUCACCAGUCACUGAAGAAAAGUUUGACGAAACUGAAUCUGACGAACAGGUUGAAGCUCUCGAAGAAGUUUCACAAGUAAAGGAAGCUGUUACUCAGGUUGAGAAACCAGUUUCACCAGUUGUUGAAGCUGAGAAGGCAGUUUCACCAAUCCCAGAAACUCAGGUAGUUGAAAAGGCCUCACUAGUCACUGAAGAAAAAGUUGACGAAACUGAAUCUGACGAACAGGUUGAAGCUGUCGAAGAAGUUUCACAAGUAACGGAAGUUCUCACUCAGGUUGAGAAAUCCGUUUCACCAGUUGUUGAAGCUGAGAAAGAAGUUUUACCAAUCAAGGAAACUGAGGUAGUUAAAAAGGCUUCAACAGUCACUGGAGAAAAGAUUGACGAAACUGAAUCUGACGAACAGGUUGAAGCUGUCGAAGAAGUUUCACAAGUAACGGAGGUUCUCACUCAGGUUGAGAAACCCGUUUCAUCAGUUGUUGCAGCUGAGAAGGCAGUUUCACCAAUCAUAGAAACUGAGGUAGUUGAAAAGGCUCCACCAGUCACUGAAGAAAAGGUUGACGAAACUGAAUCUGACGAACAGGUUGAAGCUGUCGAAGAAGUUUCACAAGUAACGGAAUCUGUUACUCAGGUUGAGAAGUCAGUUUCCCAAGUUGUUGAAGCUGAGAAGGCAGUUUCACCAAUCAAAGAAACUGAGGUAGUUGAAAAGGCUUCACCAGUCACUGGAGAAAAGAUUGACGAAACUGAAUCUAACGAACAGGUUGAAGUUGUGGAAGAAGUUUCACAAGUAAAGGAAGCUGUUACUCAGGUUGAGAAACCAGUUUCACCAGUCGUUGAAGCUGAGAAGGCAGUUUCACCAAUCAAAGAAACUGAGGUAGUUGAAAAGGCUUCACCAGUCACUGAAGAAAAGGUUGACGAAGCUGAAUCUGACGAACAGGUUGAAGCUGUCGAAAAAGUUUCACAAGUAACGGAAUCUGUUACUCAGGUUGAGAAACCAGUUUCCCAAGUUGUUGAAGCUGAGAAGGCAGUUUCACCAAUCAAAGAAACUGAGGUAGUUGAAAAGACUUCACCAGUCACUGAAGAAAAGGUUGACGAAACUGUAUCUGACGAACAGGUUGAAGUUGUGGAAGAAAUUUCACAAGUAACGGAAUCUGUUACUCAGGUUGAGAAAUCAGUUUCACCAGUUGUUGAAGCUGAGAAGGCAGUUUCACCAAUCAAAGAAACUGAGGUAGUUGAAAAGGUCUCACCAGUUACUGAAGAAAAGGUUGACGAAACUGAAUCUGACGAACAGGUUGAAGUUGUGGAAGAAGUUUCACAAGUAAAGGAAGCUGUUACUCAGGUUGAGAAACUCGUUUCACCAGUCGUUGAAGCUGAGAAGGCAGUUUCACCAAUCAAAGAAACUGAGGUAGUUGUAAAGGCUUCACCAGUCACUGAAGAAAAGGUUGACGAAACUGAAUCUGACGAACAGGUUGAAGUUGUGGAAGAAGUUUCACAAGUAAAGGAAGCUGUUACUCAGGUUGAGAAACCAGUUUCACCAGUCGUUGAAGCUGAGAAGGCAGUUUCACCAAUCAAAGAAACUGAGGUAGUUGUAAAGGCUUCACCAGUCACUGAAGAAAAGGUUGAAGCUGAGAAGGCAGUUUCACCAAUCAAAGAAACUGAGGUAGUUGAAAAGGCUUCACCAGUCACUGAAGAAAAGGUUGACGAAACUGAAUGUGACGAACAGGUUGAAGCUGUCGAAGAAAUUUCACAAGUAACGGAAGCUGUAACUCAGGUUGAGAAAUCCGUUUCUCCAGUUGUUGAAGCUGAAAAGACAGUUUCACCAAUCAAAGAAACUGAGGUAGUUGAAAAGGCUGCACCAGUCACUGAGGAAAAGGUUGACGAAACUGUAUCUGACGAACAGGUUGAAGCUGUCGAAGAAGUUUUUCAAGUAACUGAACUUCACACUCAAGUUGAAAAUUCCGUUUCACAAGUUGUUGAAGCUGACAAGACAGUUUCACCAAUAAAAAAUAUUGAGGUAAUUGAUAAGACUUCACCAGUAACUGGAGAAAAGGUUGACGAAACUGAAUCUGACGAACAGGUUAAAGCUAUGGAAGAAGUUUCACACGUUUCUCGAGUUGAGAAAUCUUUUUCACCAGUUGUUGAAGCUGAGAAGGCAGUUUCAGUUAUCAAAAAAACUGAUAUUUCACAUGUUACUGAAGAAAACGUUGAGGAGACACAAGAGUACAUGGCUGACAAACUUCCUUACGUUAAGGAUCAGACUACCGUUAAGACAAAACUUGACGAAAAUAGUGAAGCUUUCGUAGAAGUUUCACAAGUAACGGAAGCUCUCAAUCAGAUUGAGAAAACCGACUUAAAUGUUUAUGGAGCUAAGACAGUAAAAGACGGCACAUUCGAAGUUAACACAAAAACCACUGAAACGAUAAAGAAUUUCGAAGCAAUGGAAAUGGACAGUGAUACCAAGGCACAGACUGUUCAAGAAGCUACUCAUUCUAGAAUUUUAUCCACUGAUGAAAGAACAAAAGAAGAUGCUCUCGCACUUGCAGAUAUUACCGUUUCUAUAAAAACGAUUGUGCAAGAGCUUGGACACACUUUUGAAACUAGCAAAAAGCGUGAUUCAGGUGUAGAGCGACUGUACAAGUUGGAACUCUCCACAUCAUCUGAGCGGUCAGAUAUGUUGGAAGAUGUCAAAAAAGAAGAUCCUCGUCUGGUUGACACCAGGAAAAGUUCACUAUCGGCUAUAGAAGGAUCAAUAGGUGAUGAUGAUUCUCCCCUACUAACCGAUUUCACUACAUCAUCUAUUACAUACGUCAGCGAAAGAGUAGAUUCGUCAUCGUUGGAAUUGAUGGCUGGAGAUAGUUUUGGGGAUUAUCUUAAAGUAUCAGCAGAAAAGAAAAUUGACGUUUUAUCACCAGCUUCAUGUAUAUCUCACACGACAACAAUAAGUGAAACAAUCGAUUCAUCCACUCAUGACUAUGACAAAAUGUUGUAUACCAGCGGUUCAGUUGUGCCAGAAAUUCCAACUGAAUAUGAACGAUCGGUUUCCGCUUCUGAUAACGCAGCAUCGGAUUUUUCUACUGAAUCAGCAACCAAAUAUAACCUACCAUACGAUACUGAAUCCGACAGCCAUGAUGUCGUGACCAGUUGUCAAACAAGUAAAAUGUCCAAAUCUGAAGAGACGCAGGAAGUGCGUCAAGUGAAGUCUUGCAAAUUGAAGACGAUUGAUCCGCGUCAUGAAUCGGCAUCGCCUCAGAGUGACGUUACAGAAUAUACUGAAAGCGUAUCAUAUGUGGAGUCAAUCAUUGACAGCACAAACUACGACAUCUCCUUCAAAAGGAAGGAAAAACAAACUGAGCUCCACCAGCAGCAAGAACAAGACGAAAAAAUCGAUGUGUCAGAAAAAAUAAUGACAAGCCCUUCCAAACCUAAGCCUAAAGAAAAAAUCAAAGAAUCGGCUGUGAAACCAAUUGCAGAUAUUAAGGAAUCAACUCAGGUAAGAAAAAAGCCUAAAACUAAAGCUACUGUUACCAAAAUAAGUCUACAAAAGCAAACGCCAAUAGAAAUAUCCAAGCAAUCAAGUAAAACCAUCGAAAUUAAGUCGGGAACGAAAAAUGUUGAGUAUUCAUCCAGUUCCAGCAGAACUACGACAGUAUCAAGAACAUACACUGCUACUAGAACGCAUGGUUACAUGCAAUCUACACUGUCGAGGGAUCAAAAAGUAUUGAAACCUCUCAAUUUGACCGAAUCUACACAAUCCUCGCCAGUAAAAACUUCUCAACGCACGACUUCAGGUGGCACACAGACGUUUGAGAAAAAGGCUAAAUCUUCCCGAGAAACUUCCAGUAGCCGACUGGAUUCUACAAUAAAUAAGUCUAUCAGCAAAGCUGAAACUAGUGAUAAAGUUUUGAGAAAACAGGAGCCUAAGCCGGCUGUGCAAAGUACAAAACUAACUCGUACUUCGACCGAACGUUCUGAAAGAACCGGCAGGUCGUCUUCUUCGUCCGUUACUAGCAGUAGCAGUAAAUACCAUCGAACAACUAAAAAAAAUCUAGAAACAACUGAUAAAUCUGAACCGAUGACUGUCAAUAAAGCCGACAAAGAGCAAGCAAACUUGGCAACUAAAACCACAGUUAGCACAAGCAAAAGUACUAAAGACAGAGCUAACAAAAGCUUGAUACCUGUGAAAACAACAAGCGCUAAGGGAUCCCCGAAAAAAGAAGUCUCUAAAUCAACACAAGAGAAGUCUUCAACGAAAACUGCAGCUAAAGUAACCGAAGCUAGUAGAAUCAAAGAAACUGUGAUAAUAACUGCUACCAGGGCUGCUGAUGUUUCAACCACCGAUGUACAAACAACAAUUUCUAGCAAAAUUGGAUUCGUAAAAACUACGCCACAAGUAACGAAAACUGUACACACGUCAAGUGAUUCGACAAAACAGGAUGAUACUUAUCGAUGCAAAUCUGCAAUGCAUUACUCAUGCAAGGAUGCAAUCACGUUCGAUCACGCUGAAAUUCCGUCUUCAUUGCCAUCCAGUCCGAGCCGUCUCAAUAAGAGUUCCUCUAAUAGUACAAAUAUUUUGACAAGUGAAGUAUUUACACGUACGAUCGACUCUUCGAAGUCGAUUGAAGUAAUUUAUCGACAACCUUCGACAUCCAAUGAACUUAUACGCAAAAUUAACGAAUACCGCUACAAUGACAUUGACCUGACAACUGACUCAAGCCUAUCGGACUCAAUUGCCUUACCGUCGUCGUCCUCUGAUCACGAAAGCGAAGCUAUGGGUAAACGUAAGUGUUCCGGAAGUCCCGCUUCACCAAAACCACACACUGCGACUUCUUCGGCUUCGUCAUCUACGAACACCACAACACGCAAACAGGCUCAGAUCAAAAGCGAGCAAAAAUACCGUAAGUCAGACAUUUGGAUGCGCACUGGUCCACAAGCAGAGUCUCAAACGGAUGGUGAUGACGAAAUCUAUCAGACAUUGCUAGCCGAUCGACGCACAGUCGCAUCUCUUGACGGCAUCGUGUUGGAGAGUCGCAUUUCGCCGAUACUCGAUUUCCGUGCCUCUACGCCACCCCGUCUGAAGUAUAAGUUUGAUUACGAUAGUUCCCUUUAUACAGAUGAUAAGCAAGAAGAAGAUUUACAGCAAUCGGCGAGUUUUGAAGGAGAUGAUUAUCUAAAUUUAGUCCAAUCGGAAGCCAGUAACUUAGUCGAUAGUAUAUUGGAGCAGAGCGUAUCGAUCGUGAGUCAUUCUCAGGCCCGCCAGAACCAAGCGAUCGAUGCACAGCCGCAGUCGGAAAGCGAACAAUACGCUAUCCGCAGCGAUAUACUAUCAUCUAACGAAGCUGACCUAGUCGUUAAGUCGCCCACGAUUGAAUCUAUGUCAGGCAAGUCUUUCGAUGAUAACAUUAGCAAUCCCGACCUUGAUAUUAGUGAUGCUAAUCAGCAAUUAGCCAACCUGGUAGCUCCUCCUUUUGCCGAAUCGGUCUCGUCUGCGGUUCGCUUUUCGCGUGAACCGACAAACGUUGGCCUAGACCUCCUAGAAGACCUAGAUAGCGAGCAGGCACAGAAAGACCGUCGAGCAAAGCGAAUCGAUCGACAUUUCGCCAGGCUGUCGUCUGAAAUCGAACCGGAAGAAUUGUUGGACAAAAACCGCGAAUAUGACGAUGCCAUUGCACAAAUCAAAGAUGAAGUUUCAAUGCUGCAGAGUGAAUUUUCUAAAAUGAGCUGGGAUGAGAGCAUUUCUGCUACGACCGGUGAUUUCGGUUCCAGCACUCCCGAUCACGACCUUCAAGAAACAGAAACGCAACCACAAACAGAAUUUACCAUUCCAAAGCCGACGCCAAGAUCACAAUCAAUCCAUGCUGCUGAAGCUGAUGGAUCUGCUGCAACCACUAGUGUCAGCACCAUCGCAACGACUACCACAAGCUCUGCUGCUGCUGUUGCCUCAUCAUUAACUUCCGCUGCUAGCGCUGCUGCUGCUGCUACCCUAACUAUUAGUAGUACUACCACCACCUCUACCAAAACUACCGGUGAGGCUUCUAUUGUUGAAACUGAUCUCGAUAAACCGUUUUCGGGAGAUGCAAGCGAGCUUUCUAGCGGACCAGAACCUGGUCCCGUUCCUAAACCAAGAACGAGCAUUUCUUUCCGAACAGACACCCAAACACGAUCCAGCAUCAUAGAAUCGUUCGAACAGCCAGAAGAUUCUAUCGAACAAUAUCCUGAGCCCACAAGUCAACGUCAGGAAUCAACGGCAUCUGAAGAUCUCUCCACUGGUGUUCCGAAAGAAUCAGCUGGCUUCGAAACCAGUGAUGACGAACAGUCGGCGGCAAAAUUCUACAUUGGCGAUCAAAGCAGCGACAUCAUUACGCGCACUUCCACAGAUAAACGCUCUGAUUUUGCGUUCGAUAAUAUUGGUUACGAAUAUUCACAAGAUUCUGGUACCGAGGAGGACCCUUUCAAAGUUUACAGAGAUAAAGUUAUCGAAUCCGACGCAUUCACAUUGAAAUCAUUGCAGGAGGUAGAAAGUGGUACGGCACUAGAUGAAGAAAUCAAAGCAGAAGUUAUCGAAGUAAUCGAAGGAGUCGCCGAUGAAAAACCUUGUGAGCUAGACUUUUCAAAGGCUUCUACACAUCGACAGCCAGUAGUACACUCACCAAUCGUACCAGUAGUUAGUCAAACUGCAUUCGAAGGUACAGACACCCAGGUAGAAGAAUCCACAAUUUCUCACUACACCAAACGCACAAUCGACGAAUUAGUUAUUGAGAAAACACUUGAGGAAGUAAAGGAGUCACUAGAUGCUGUUCAAGAAGAACUUAUAGAGUCGGUAAUCGAUGGUAAGCUCAUCAAACAAUCCCCGUCAGAGUUCGAGUUUAAAGUUCUCCCUUCGGCUAAAUAUUCACAAGAUCCAAUCAUCGAAGCCCAACAGGAAGAAAUAACCACAAUCAUAAUGGAACCGACACAACUUCCUCGACAAAAAUCUCCUGAUGAAGCAACCAAGCAAGAUGAACAGGCUGCAGCUUCCAGUGAUAGUUCAGGAGCCAAACUGGAGGUCUUACCAAGACAACGCAAACCACAACAAGAUCCCAAAGGCAAUCGGUGGUCAACAACUGAUGUAGAUAGCUCUGGAGAAAGUCACUAUCAGAGCUUCGAACACACCGAUAGUAGCCGUCCGCUUUCAUCGGACGUAGACAAUUUGAUACAGCAGUACGCUUCUUCCGAAUACGAAACGGCAGCGGACCAUUCAUUAAUACCGGCUUCAACCGAAUACCACAGCGCUGUUUCAACACUCAACUCUUACCAAAUAAGUUCCCAAGAUAGCAUGAAAAGCCUUGAUUCAGAAAGCUCUGGAAACUUGGCUAGCAUGGAAUCAGAGGCCACCGAAACCUUAGUCCCUUCAACUAUGGACAUUGACUUCGACUCAUCCGAUGCAGCUGCAUUGAUUCAUGACGACUCUGAGGACGACAUACGCGAAAAGCUGCUCUUAGACGACAAGGAAGAACUUUCUGCUGUCUCCGCAUCAAUACCGGUAGCGAUGAAGCGCUCGCAAGAAAUGAACUUCACAACUGACUUGCGAGAAGAAGAGCGAGCCGGCCAGAGCUGCCAAUUAUCCGAAGAGCUCGAGCUUCUAGCUCAGGAACAAUCAGAAAAACUUAGUUCCAGCAUCGGUAAUGCUCUGGACCUGGUCGAAUCUAUGAAAGCUUCGAGCUUGGAAGAUAUGAAAACCGAAUGCAUAGAUGAAACCAAACUUGGAACAAGCAUGGAGGACGGUAGCAUGUUGUCGAUCAGCCUUUCAAGUGCUUCAAACUUAGAGACCAUCAUGGAGAAUUUAACAGACAAAUUGGACAGUCUUCCAACACAUGUUGAGGUGGGUUUGGAUGCCAUUACACCUACUACAAGUUACACCAAAGAAAUAGUUGGAGACAUAACAUUGACAUCCACAACAAUACGCGAAGGAGACGUUAACUUCUUGAACACUCAAGUAACAACCGAGAUGGUUACAGAACAGAAAGACGUUCCCGAAGAAACAACCAAGAAACGUGGACAUAAACGAACCGAAAGUACUGCAAUCAUUUCAGGAAAAUUACUCUCGGAAAUCGCGGCAGAAGCACGCGAUUCGCUAGAAUCACAAGACGAGUCCUUAUCGGCCGAAGUGUCGAAACAGUCGAGCUUGGAACGAGAUGAAAUGAGGGAUGAAUCAUCGGAUUCGGAUUAUGAUCGCUAUGAAUCAGAAUAUUCUCGAUCGUUCCGUGCACCAACCAUUCAGGGAUCUAAGAAAAAGAAAGACAAAAUGGAGGAAGGCUAUCAUAUGGAAAUCGAGCACGAUCGACGAAACUCGUUUUCACCGUCAAGUUCGGUGAUUGAAACUAUUGUUGAGGAUGUUCAUGCCGAAAUAGAACAAGGAGAUGAAGCGGAACAGUUGAUGGAGGAAAAGAAGGAAAAACUUCAAGAGUACCAGCAAAGUUCAGCGAAAAGCAUUCCGGACAUUCAGGUAACCGAUGAUUUUCCGCAGAUUGAUGAGGAAGGUAAACUAGCGGAUUCGGCUUCAGCCUCACAUGUGACGGAAGAAGAACAGACCGCUGAACAGAAAAUCCAGUACGCCAAACAAGAGGAAUUCAAGAUAACCGAGGAGCAAUACCAGGAGAUGAUUGAGCAAAAAUAUAAAUCUAAAAUGGCAGAUACGACGACGAAAUUUGAAUUCGAGGCCGAUGAAAAAGACGAAUCGGCAGGAUCAGAUUCAUUUGAAAUGUUGGAGCAACCGGAUAUAUCGGAUGAAUUUGUCAUAGUGGAAGAGGUGGCUAGAGAAGCUCACGAGUGUGACACUGAAGGAAAGAGUGUAUCGAUCAAAUCCACGAAGACAGAGAAAAAACACGAUGAAGAAGUUGAGAAGAUCUUGGUGAAGUCGGCGCCGGCGCAUACAAAUGCUGGUUCGAUGUACGCCAAAAUGAGAGAUGAUAUGAUGUAUGAAUUUGAAGAAAGUCCCCCGACUGGUAGCGAAGAAGUGGAUCCUUCCGGAGUAACGAUGGACUUGCUAAACAAUGGAUACCCGCUGGAAGAAAGCAAACGCUGGGUUGAAAUGCAAUUGGCAGAAUCACAGAACUUCCGCUAUCCAUAUGAAGAUAGAUUGGAGGAUAUUAAGGAAGAAGAUACAGAUUUCGAGGUCGGAAGUAGUCGAAUCGGUAGCAUCAAAGACUCUUUCUCAAGCACUCCGGAUUACGAUAUGCUGGCAAAGAGAUUAGCAUCGCGAGAGCAUGACGAUAUUUCAAUGAGUAGCUUGCAAGAAUUUGAAAGCCUUGAACAGGUUAUUUCGCUUGAGAAUCGUAGACUACAGCAGGGAUCGCAGGAUUCUCUGAGUAAUGGUAGUUUCACGAAACGAUUCUUGGCACGAGGCGGACAUGGCGACGACAUCAGUUUAUCCAGCUUGAAAGAGUUUGAAGGACUCGAAUCGGCAUGCAUGGAAGCGCAUCUGCUAGAGAUUAAAGCGAAGGAAGAAGCUGCACAGCUUCUAUCCAGAUCGGAUGAUUCUAAUAAAUCGGAUGGCGUCAAGCGUAGUCCACCGACGAAUGGUACGAUAGUUAAAACCAUGACUUCAACAACCACUACAGUUGCCAGUGGUCCUGCCGACGGGGUUAAAGUUGAUAAAACUUUCACUCAAGAUAUGAGCAAGGAUUCGCUUUCGACCACAACAACGACAACUACUGUUACGACAAUCUCGCAUGAAAGCCAAAUAAGACAUGCUAUGGAAGAAGAGGACACUUCUCACUUAUUAACAGUAUCUUCCGAUAGUUUGGAUGGCAAUCGAAUUCAGAAACAAACCAUAAGUAAAGAAACAUUACCGUCAGCGCAUUCCAGCAGCGACAGUUUAGAGAUCAACAACAAGAAUAAUGUGGACAUUAUGACAAGUUCUAUUGAUUCUAUUGAACUUUCGAAGGCAGGAGUUUUCACAACAAGAUCUUCUCGCUCGGACUCGAUUGAACAAAUGGCAUUGCAACAAGUCCAUCGUAGCGACAGCACCGAUUCCAUCGAAAUGCAGCACGCUGCAUUGUCUCGGGCAAGCGAAACAAAACGAGAUUCACUGGAUUCGCUACCACUGAGCAUCGAGAACAAGAGUGCCUCCGGUAGUCCGACAAAACCAUUCUACGGACAGCGAAUGUCAGCAGCGGAGAGUGCUUCAAGCAGCAACUAUCAGCAAAUGUCAUCUUCGAUCUACUCCGGAAUGACCAAAGACAUUUCGGUUGACUCUCUGACCGGGCACGAAAGCUUCGAAACCAGUUCCACAGCUACUAAUGCGACCUAUCAGAACGAGACAGAUUCACAAAUGUCAUCCAGCGUAACCAGCUGCGGUUCAAUAACCAUGGUCGAUACGCUCGACAACGUUGGUGAUCUGGAUAGCCUAGAGCUAGCCCACGAAGGAGUUUCCUUUACGGGAGGAACAAGAGUCAUGACGACUACAAUGAGCUCCAAUUCAAGCCAGCAGCAGCAGCAACAACAAUACUAUCAACAACAGCAGCAGCACACAACGACGACGCAAGUGUUUCGUAGUAGCACUUCAUCGAUAAGCAGUACUUCGGCUACGACAUCAACGAGUGCCAGGGGAGAUUUUCCGAUUUCGGAAAUCGAACUGUUAAGUAGACAGAUGUAUCCAGGAGACUUAACUUUUGACGAUUCGAAGGAGACGGCAAAGGAAAAAAUGCAAAGCAAAACGACUGAAAAGGAGGACUAAACAACCUUAGGACAUCAAUACAGAUAUCGAGACUUCGCUAAGCAGAAGCGCGCGUACAUGGAAAUCAACUUUGUUGAAGAUCCAUCCGCUAAGCAGUUUUAAGAAUAGCUCUGCAUUUUUUCAAACUCAAACAUCCCGAUAUUUACAGUUUUUUUUUAAUGAUUACUAAAACUAAAGGCUACCCAAAUCAGUAACAAAAAAACAAUCUGUAACAAUUCACAUCUUGCAUCAUCAGCAAAAUAUUAAAAAAAACACUGCAAAAUAACCAAAACAUAAAUUAAGCUUAGCUCAAUUUUUGUUAAAACUAUAAAGCAGAGUUUACUGCAAACAUGGGAAACACUUAGCUAAUCGAACCUAGAAAACAGCUAGAGAUUACUAACAAAAAUGAGACGUUAAAUUUGGCCGAAAAGUAUCAGGAAACUUCGAAAGUAAUAGAAAAGAAGAAAACAACUUAACUAACACUAUAUUAAAUUAAAACCAAACAAAAAGAGAGAAUCACUCGUCUGAAUCCAGAACGAGCCACAAUCAAGAGAAUAGGGUUCCGAGUUCAGUAACUUACUAGCGAAACCUCUGCUAGUAACCGAUCGAAGAAUAUGACAAGACUACGAGCGUUAAGUACUAACCUAAAAUAAUAUAAUGAAGAAAUUUUAUCCCUGACAUUUCUCUUUCAAAGACAAACGGAAGAAAACAAAAUUGUAAACAACUUGUAAUGAUAACCUUGCGCUUAACUCCUACUAUUCUUUUGAUUUUUUGAGAUAAAUAAAAACCAAUCUAACCACGCUUCAAAACAUUCUUCGGAACUACAUAUUUUUGUGCUCAGCCAUAUUUCUAAGUUAGUUUGCUUCGGUAAUCGAUUGAUACUUCCGGCUAUGAUUAUCCAAAGUGAUAUAGUUACAGACAGAAAUAAGUACAUACAUAAGUAAAACCAAAACAAGAAAGAAAAAAAACAAAAAUCUUAUGCUUAAAUUGGCAAAGCCACUUUGCCGCAGCUGACGCGUAAAACAAAAAGAAAAUCGUUAACUUUUUUGAUGUUAAAUCAUGGAAAACAUCCAAACCAAAGGAAAGAUUGAAAAUGCAAGCGAUAUUUAUUAAAUGAGAAUGGUUUACCAGAUAGUUUGAAUAAACACAGUAUGAAAAAAAAACGGAAGAAACAAACAAAUUCUAGCAUACAACAGCAGCAAAAAAAAUUAAGAGAAAAAAACGUCGAGAAUAAACAUUUAGCAAACAAAUAUUUUACAAUGAUGUUUGAAGCGAUCAGAGCUAAUUUGAAGAAAAAAAAACGGCAUGGUAAAUAUUAUAUUAACUCGGUGUAACAUUUGCGAUACUAUCAAAUAAAUGCUUAAUAAAAAAUUCUAAAAAUUUA